AAAUUUUACUGUAUCAUACGUAUAUGUACGUAAAUAAUAUUACGAACAUUACAGAUAGACCUGAGAGAAAAGAAGCAGCGAUUUUUUACAAAAUCCUCAAUUAUUAAGCAUGAAAGUUUUUACAGCUUGAGUAGGAGAGAACACACACGUCCUUAUAGAGAUACAAUUUACAUUUAGGCCUUACAUACAGGUGAAACGAUCUAACUUAAAAUGGACCCAACUGAUUGUGAGCAGCAAAGAGAGAAAUCUUUCGUCAGUGAGAUGAAUGAUCUUUCCAACGACGAGGUUAAUCAGCGCUUAGAUGAACUUGGCUCAGACCUGUCAGAAUGCUAUGAUCCUGAUGAAUUGGAGGAGUACCUCCUGGGAGAUGUGCCUUUGACACCACCAAAGCCAAUGAAGCACAAAGCAGGAGAGUCCGCUAAAGAGAUGAUGGUUCUCAAAAAUUGGAGGGCUUACGACGGAAAUGACGUCUUCUUGAAUGCUAUUAAUACGGUGAUUAUUGGUGCUGGAUACUCGGUCGUCGAGUUCGCUGAGAGUGCGGUGAAGCUAGGAAUGGUGUCUGACGAAGAGGAGGAGUUCUACUCUGACAAUGAGCUUGCAACAGUGAGUGUCAGUUUUGACAGCACGAAGUCCCGUGAUCUCCCCUACCUUCCUCACCCAAGUUCACUUGAUGGCUUUGAGGAGAAAUUAUUUGAAGAUGAGGAGCCAGAUAGUAGCCAGGAGCUUUUCAUCUCUGAUGACAACCAAGAUACAUUGAGUGUGAAUAGCAAAGCAGCUGAAUUUGUGAAUGAGGUGUUGACAGAAGCGAUGGAGACACUUGCAGCCUCAGUCAAACCUGAUGUGAAUAAUGCUCAAAAGGAAAAUAAGGAAUUGGUCACCAAGGCUGCUGAAAAUGACUGUUUGGAUGACUUCUUGCUGAUUGAAUCAGAUUUGAUCGAGCAAAUGCGUGGUCUGGUCAUGCAGCUCAAGACUGUUGACACCAAGUCUAAAAUAGAAGGGGAGAGCACUGAUCUUGACAAGGGCUGCAUAUUGGAGCAGAUGUCAGCCCUGGUGGAAAAGCUGCCCAACAAAGACAGCCGGGAUUAUUGCCUCAGUCUGCGUCGCAAGCUGGGACGCGCCAACAAAUGCCCUUACACGGAGGAGGACAUUGCCAGCUUGCAGCUGUCGUAUCAAGAAAGUGCACUCAAGCCCAUGCUAGAAGUCUAGAACGCCAUGGUUUGGAUGAUGGAGAUAGUAUUAUCUUAGGACUUUAAGAUACGUAAAUAUUCAAAGUAUUUUCCCUUUAAUUUACGAUGAACAAUAAUUUUGCUCGACAGUCUUUCUCUUCUUAAAUAUUUAUGUGCAUAUAGCUUAAGUAUUAUGGAAAAAUGUAUGAGAACUCUAGCCUGGAUUAUUACAUAGUGAUGACGUGAUGUUGCAUUGGUAGUAAAUACUUUAUCAAUUUCGCCAUAAGAUCUAUUAAGCCAAUAAUUUAGUUCAUGUUCAUUUCAAAAUUGGAUCAACUGCCAGAACUAAUUUUUCUCGCUGUGGUUGUUUUUUAAAAAAAAUCCCCAUUACUGAAAGUGUAGGUUUGGAUAGGUUUUCAUCUCCUUUAAAUUUGUAUGUUUCACCUUAGUAAAAUAGUCGCGGCAUGAAAAAUUAAUUCAAAACCUUCGCUUGGCAUUACUCAACAAAUCAUCAGAAAAAAAUGAAAUGAGAUGUUGCCUGAAUGAAACGUGUGCUAGUAUAUUUGACUUAUUUUUAAGUUCAACUGAAAUUUGCAUCUUCCCGGACAGUCAUUCAGACUGCAAAAGAAACUUUAAAAAAACUGAAUGAUUUCAUUUGAAAUCACUCCCAAGAUUUUUAUCUCAAAACUUUAAUUUGACAACUCCCUGAAAGUGCCAAGUUUUUUAUUUUCAUUAUUGAAUUAUGUAGAAGCUUGGUAAUAGCAAUUUUCAACGGAAUCUGAUAGCGCAAGAUUGAAUGCCUGACAGUGAAAAAUAACCAUCUUUACCAAUUUUGUUGAAAUCGAUUUUAUGAUUUACUCAUGGUGUCUGCCAAUCAAUAAAAGCAAGUAAACCUCA